AAUUUCUCUAUUUUCUAAUAAACAACAAAAAAGCAGCUAUCAAUAAUGGCGCAUUCAUCUCCUCUUCAUAACAAGAAGAGGAUAAACUUUGCCGAGACGGACCCAAAGAUAAGGGCAGAGCUAAGGAAGCAGGAGAUGCACCUCAAGAGAGAAAUAGAGAGACUAGAGAAGCAGACAAAAGCCACAAACAGUUACAUAUCUGAUCACCAACAAGCCCUGAAGAUGAGCUGGAGAAGACUAGAAGAACAGAGACAGAAGGACGAGAGCCCAACAGUUAGCAGAAGAACUAGAAGAAAUGAUGGACUCAUCAAUGAUUCCAAAAGGAAGCUCCUCUUCUCCAAUGCUACAUCAGUUACUAUUGAGUUACCUAAUCCGAAUGGUGAUUCUUCCCCUCGACGUAAUAGCAAGGGCCUUGAUGACGACCUCUCAAGCAGUGAGAGUGCACCUUUCAUAGAGCCAGGAGGUUCUUCGCUGAAAAUAAGGGGACAAUACAACAUUGCUACAUCUCCUUACAUCUCAUCUCCGCAGAAGUUUAGAAGGCAAGCUCCAACGACAGUCUCUGCUUUAGUGAGAUCCCAAGCUCCACAGCAUCCACUGACAACAGCAUCAGGAGUAACUGGUAGAAAGUCUCUCACCAGUGUCAGCAGUGAGGAUGAUUUGGACGAAUGCUCUGCAAGCAGCAGCUCUGUUGUGGUACCAGCAACAUCCAAAACCACAAGUAAAAGUGCACUUCUUAAGGCUAGCAUGGCAAUGAAGCUGGACAGCUCAAGCUAUGACCCAACGGCCUUCAAGCAAUUUUAUAAUCUUCAAGCAACAGGCUCCAGCUCAUCAUCAGCUGCACUCCUGGACACUCUGAUAAUGACUGAGGAAGAAGAGGAAAUGUUUAAAGAACUCACAAAAGACGAACAGGAAGAACUGGAAAAAGCAAAGAAAGAGAGCUCUUCUGCCAUGACACUCGGUGAAAUGAUGGAGCGGAUCAAAAACUGUCGCUACAUACGACACUAUAAUCCUAAAAAGACGACCGGCGAAGGAGAGGACGAGAGCAGUGGUAGCAGCAAUGGUGAUGUGACCAAUGGUGGCACAUUCACUUUAGAAAACACUAAACUUCCAUUGGGCUCCCAUCCAAAGCAUUAAUUGACCAUUACAUCCAACUGCA